CGUCACCAUCUUCCUCCAUUUGCGCCAACUUCUGAGAAACCAACGCAUGUAACCGUUAAAUUCGUUCUCUCAUUCUCUCGGUCUCUUCACAUUUUCCUCCUCCCAAUCUCUCUCUUCGACUGAAUCAGCUCUUCCGCGGGAGCUCUCCCUCCCUCCCUCCCCGCGUCUUCCGAUGGCGGAAGACAACAAAUCCGGCGCCGUCCUCCUCCUCCACGGCGACCUCGAGCUCCAGAUUCUGGAGGCUCGGAGCCUGCCCAACAUGGACAUGGUCUCGGAGCGCCUCCGCCGCAUCUUCACCGCCUGCCGCCAGCCCUUCGCCUGCGGCGGCGGCGGCCAGGCCCACCACCCCCACCACCGCGGGAAGAUCAUCACCAGCGACCCUUACGUCACCGUCUGCCUCGCCGGCGCCACCGUGGCCCGCACGCGCGUCAUCUCCAACUCCCAGGAUCCGGCCUGGAAGGAGCGGUUCAGGGUGCCGGUCGCGCAUCCGGUGGCCAGCAUCGACUUCCACGUCAAGGACAACGACAUCUUCGGCGCGGACCUGAUCGGGACCGCCACGGUCCCCUCUCGGAGGGUCAUUUCCGGCGAGACCGUUGAGGAUUGGUUCACGAUAAUCGGCGGUAACGGUAAACAACCUAACCCCGAUUGCGCUCUUCGAGUCCAGAUUAAAUUCACUCCGUGCGACGAAAAUGCUCUGUAUAAGGUCGGCAUUGGCGCCGAUCCUAAUAAUUUCGGCAUCCGGAAUUGUUAUUUUCCGAUGCGGAGAGGCUGCAAUGUGACGCUGUAUCAGGACGCGCACGUGCCGGACUCAAUGCUCCCGGAGAUUAAAUUGGAGAAAGGGAAUACGUAUAAUCAUGAGAAGUGCUGGGAGGAUAUAUGCCAUUCGAUUCUGGAAGCUCAUCAUUUGGUGUAUAUUGUUGGUUGGUCGGUUUUUCAUAAGGUGAAGCUCGUUAGAGAGCCGACCAAACCUUUGCCUAACGGUGGGAAUUUGAACUUGGGGGAGUUAUUGAAGUAUAAGUCUCAGGAAGGGGUGCGAGUUUUGCUACUGGUUUGGGAUGAUAAGACAUCCCAUAGCAAGUUCUUUCUUGAGACGGCUGGGGUAAUGCAAACUCAUGAUGAAGAAACCCGUAAAUUUUUCAAGCACUCUUCUGUUACAUGUGUGCUGUCCCCUCGCUAUGCCAGCAGUAAGCUUAGCAUUUUCAAGCAACAGGUUGUCGGAACCUUAUUCACUCAUCACCAAAAAUGCGUAAUUGUGGAUACACAAGCUUAUGGAAACAACAGAAAAAUUACUGCUUUUCUUGGUGGCUUAGACCUUUGUGACGGGCGCUAUGAUACACCCGGACAUCGACUAUUUCGGGACCUUGACACAGUCUUUCAAAAUGAUUACCACAAUCCAACUUUUCCAGCUGGUACUAAGGGUCCAAGACAACCAUGGCAUGAUUUGCAUUGCAAGAUUGAAGGCCCUGCUGCUUAUGAUGUGCUAAAGAACUUUGAGCAGCGCUGGAGAAGGGCAACAAAAUGGUCGGAGUUUGGCCAAAAGUUUAAAAGGAUAUCGCGUUGGCAUGAUGAUGCAUUGUUAAAGAUAGAGCGCAUCUCAUGGAUAUUAAGCCCUUCGGCAGCAAUUCCAGAUGACGAUCCGACUCUUUGGGUUUCCAGGGAGAAUGAUCGUGAGAGGUGGCAUGUGCAGAUAUUUAGGUCUAUAGAUUCUGGCUCACUGAAAGGUUUUCCAAAAGAUGUAUAUGAGGCUGAGUCUCAGAACCUCAUCUGUGCAAAAGAUUUGGUGAUAGACAAGAGCAUUCAGACUGCCUACAUCCAGGCAAUCAGAUCAGCUCAACACUUCAUCUAUAUUGAAAACCAAUAUUUUCUUGGAGCAUCAUAUGCAUGGCCAUCUUACAGAAAUGCAGGUGCUGAUAAUUUGAUCCCCAUGGAACUGGCCCUUAAGAUUGCCAGCAAAAUUAGAGCAAAUGAGAGAUUUGCAGUUUAUGUAGUAAUCCCAAUGUGGCCAGAAGGGGUUCCUUCCUCUGCCGCGGUGCAAGAAAUUCUCUAUUGGCAGAGACAAACGAUGCAGUUGAUGUAUGAAAUUAUAGCAAAGGAGUUGAACUCCAUGGGUCUUGAGAAUUCACAUCCUUGUGACUACCUGAACUUUUAUUGUCUUGGUAACCGUGAGGAGCUUCCCAAAGAAUUGUCAGAGCCUGCUCAUCAACCGCCCAGUGAUGGUGUUAAGGUUUCAGCAUCACAGAAGUUUCAAAGGUUCAUGAUCUAUGUACAUGCCAAAGGAAUGAUUGUGGAUGAUGAGUAUGUGGUGCUUGGAUCAGCAAAUAUCAAUCAACGAUCAAUGGCUGGUUCUAGGGAUACUGAGAUUGCCAUGGGUGCAUAUCAGCCCCAUUACACUUGGGGCGAGAAAAAGCAACAUCCCUUUGGGAAAAAAGAGAAGAAACAUCCACGUGGCCAGAUAUAUGGGUACCGAAUGUCCCUAUGGAACGAGCACCUGGACGUGCUAGAUGAUUGCUUUAAGGAGCCAGAAGACUUGUCUUGUGUCAGGAGAGUGAACAAUAUUGCUGAAGAAAACUGGAAGAAAUUCACUGUCGAAAAAUUCACGCCGUUGCAAGGGCAUCUUCUGAAAUACCCUAUAGAGGUGGAUACAAAAGGUAAAGUUAGCGCCUUGCCUGGGCAAGAGUGUUUCCCAGAUGUCGGUGGCAAGGUGCUCGGCUCUCGCACUAACCUUCCCGAUGCUUUAACGACAUAGUUUCUCCUGGCAUGUACAUUAUGUUCUGUUGUACUACUUUCACGCUUCACCAUCUUAAUGCGGAAGAUAACCACGAGAUGAUUCAGUUUUGGAGCGGAUGGGAUAAAAGGUGUGUCGGUAGAUGGGAGAGGAGGGGUCAUACAUUUCUUUUUCCUGCAAGUAUUUCUUCUUUCAAAGUUAUUGGAGCUUCUGAAAGAAAAUUUUUUCAGUGCUUUAACUUAAUGAGUGUGAAGAGGGGGGAGUUCUAUCGUGUGACGAGCUGAUCACAGCUGUUGUAUUUGAAUUGUUGUCGUUGUUGUAACUGAAGAGGGGGAGGAGACUGUUUUCUGUUGUAUCACGUAUCAUUUCUCUGUAACAAUCAAAUUGUAUCUUGAAGAACAUGGGAGGAUAAGUUAUCAAUGAUAAUUCCGGUUUUCAAUCGGAUUUUCGGUGU